CCGCCAUCUAUAUUUCUACUCGUCUUGGUCCUCUAUGUGAUCGUCUGCUUUUGGUCUUGAUAUCACGCUCAUAUCAUGCAUAGUCCUUGGCUGCUCUUGCACCAGAUCAAAGGAACAUGGAUAGCCUCGGGGAUCCGUCUCAGUGUCCUGUUCUCCCGGUGGAGGUAUUCGAGGAAAUCAUCGAUGCGGUAGGAGGAUUCUGGAGACCUCAGCACACCCUGAAGAACUGUGCUCUGACUUGCAGAGCGUGGCUUCCGAGGAGCCAGCUCAACCUCUUUCGCUGCAUAAUCGUGGCCCCCACCGGAGCGGAACAACUCUACCGAUUAGCCCACGUCCUGGAUGUCUCACCCCAUCUGCGAGAGUUCGUCCACGAAAUUAAAGUCUCUAUGAGCAAGCGUCAGGCGGGAAAGCAGCUCACCGGCAGAGAAGCGUUCGAGGUCCUCCCGAUAUUGCUCUCAGGGAAAGUACCUGCCCUGCGCGCCCUCCGCGUCUCUGCUAUCAACAAAAACGCCUCUGCUCUUAUCCUCUAUCCCUCGUUCUUUGCUACGCUUCCCCAGCUCAAAUCUAUCACCACUCUCGAGUUAUACCACGUCACCUUCGCUCGCUUUGGAGAGCUCGCGCGAAUGCUCUCAAUCCUAGCCAACCUUCGCGAUUUAAAAUGCGGCUACGUUCGGUGGCAAUCCGCAGGUGUCUAUCGAUUUCCGCCGGGUUACUAUGGCAGUUGUAGCAUCUCUCAUUUUCGCUGGGAAGGUCCCAAACCCAGCUCAAACGGAGCAUCGAUCCUGGCUCCGGGAACGGAUGCACUGUUGACUGCUGCCCGCCUAUCUAUCGUCGACCUUAGUGUCGACGCGCACGAGUUCGGCCCUCGAUCAGGACACUCGUUGUCAUCGUUCCCCGCUCUUCGCGUCCUCCGGCUCAACUGGAGGCUCGGCCUGGACGACUCGCCAGAAGAAAACGCCGAGAUAGCCGCGGCGCUUGCCAACAGCGGGAGCGCAACGCUGCGGCACUUCACUCUCCGCAUCUCCAUCCCCAGGGAUCCAAUCGUCUCAUCGUCCAAGACCCACGACCACAUCCAGGCCAUCGGCCACGGACUCGACAGCAGCCUCAGCAGCGCGUCAUUUCCUGCUCUCCAGGCCAUCGUUAUUCAUGGCGGUCACGACCCGUGGUUAUUCGAGCCGCAGUGGUGGUGGUCCGAGCUGGCGGCCGCGUUCCCGCGGGCCUACAAAAAGCAGAUGCUGCAUCUCUGUGGGACCAGACAGGAUCUCAAUUAUAGGCGUUUCGUGCCGCAGGAGGUGGAACUGACUGUGGACGGACGACAAGUGCCGCUAUAACCUCCGAUUGAUACGUAAUCAUACAUUGCUACAGGACCAGGACAGUGCGUAUCCUAGCUUAUCUGCGACACGGGUACACCGCGUCACUUCAUCCAAGGAUACCAAUGAACGGCUACAUGGGAGGCCAAUAGCGUACGACUACAAUGUCACACCCGACGCAUCCUUCCGUGGGCCCUUACAGCGGUACCGUGUC